CUUUGGCCGUUUGGCUUUGCUGUGUCAGGCGAGAACAGACUCAGAGAUUCACCAGGACUGCAGGAUGUGUUGCCUAAAUGAAGGAUUUCUCCUUAAAGCUGAGCUCAGUUGCCUCAGAGCUUCAGUUCUCCAUCACACUGUGAUCCUCCUCCUACUGACAGGCUCUUAUAGAGGCCAGGCUCAGAGGGUUCCACCAUCUCUGAGAAUCAUGACGGUAGUUGGUGAAGACGUGGUGCUGCCGUGCCUCCUGGAACCUCCCCUGGAUGCUGUUUCAAAGAGCGUGGAGUGGGGGAGACCUGACCUGGAGCCCAGAUUUGUCCAUGUGUGGCAUGAAGGUCAAGACCACCUGGUGAACCAAAACCCGUCUUACAGAGGCAGAACAUCAGUGUCCAUCGACAAACUGAAGCAGGGAGACCUUUCACUGCUUCUGUCUGCAGUGAAACUCUCUGAUCAUGGACUCUACAGAUGCUACUUUCCCCAAAAAAGUAAAGAAUCCACUGUUGAGCUCAUUGUUGGUUCUGUCGCACCACCAGUCAUAGCUGAGAUAAACAUAAACAGCACUGCAGUGGUUCUACAGUGUGACUCUACCGGCUGGUAUCCAGAACCUGAGGUGUUCUGGCUGGAUGGUGAGGGAAACCUCCUCUCUGCUGGACCUACAGAGACAGUCAGAGGUCCUGAUGACCUCUAUACUGUCAGCAGCAGAGUGACUGUGGAGAAGAGACACAGCAACAGCUUCACCUGUAGAGUCCAACAGAACCACAUCAACCAGAUCAGAGAGACUGAAAUCAAGCUUUCAGCUGUCUGUUUCGACUUCACAUCUUGUUCUGCUCAUGUUGCUGUUCUAGUGGUUUUUGUGCUCCUUGUUAUUCUUGCAGCAGCCUGUGUUGUGUGGAAAUGGAGACAAAACCAAACCAAAGAAAGAAAGAAACAACACGAGGAUCAAACUGAAAGAGAGCAGCUCAUCACAGAGAAGAAGAGAACCGAAGAACUUGAAGAAAAGUUACUGAAGAAAGAGAAGGAACUGAAGAGGAAAGAGGAGACGUUACAGGAGAAAGAGGAGACGCUGAAGAAGACUGAGGACACGAGGAAGAAGAAAGAUGAGAGGUUGAAGAGGAAUGAGGACUUUGAGCAGGAGGUUCAUAAUAAACUGACUGAACAAAGUGAGGAACUGCAACAGCAGAAAGACAAACUGAGACAACAGCAGGAGGUCAUGGAGACAAACAUUAACAAUAUGGAGAAAGAGAUGCAGUCAGUGGAGAAGAUGGCAGAAGGUGAACGAUUCUACAAAAUGAAAGAAAUCACAUUAACUGCCAAAACUCAGCUGAACAAGAGAAAACAAGAAGAUGAAAAUCUUCAGCUACAAACAGAGACAAUAACGAAGAAAACUCAUGAAAUGUUAAAUAUGAUCACAGACAGGAAGAAGGAGGAACCACAAGAAGAAAGUCAGUGAGCAGCUGCAGCAAUAUUCAAUUUAAUAUUUGUUUUAAAGUUUACAAUUAUGACAGUAUUAUGGCUUUGACUGAACCAUAACAUUAUGAUUUAUAACAUUAAAUGUAUUUUUUCUUUCCUUUUUUGCCAAAAACACAUUCAAAGCAUGUGAAACCAUUAAUCAAUGUCCAAGAGUUAGAAAUUCUACAACUUCUUACAAAUGACUGUAUGCAGUAAUUUCAUGGUGUGUGUUUGUGUGUGUAUCUUUUGUGUGUAUAUUUGAUUUAUUAUUGUUUAUUGCCUUGGUUGUGAAGGUAACUGUCCACUGCUUAAAUUGCAUUUAAAUAGUGUGUUUUAUUUUAGGGUGAUGACAUGUUCUGCAGAAUGGUUCAACUCCAUCUUUUUAAUCUGUGAAACAAAGAUUCAAAUAAAAUCAUUUUCUCUGUCCAGAAACAGAAAAUCAA